AUCAACAUGGGCAUAUCCGUUUGACUUCUAGUUAUGAAAACUAGCUCCUCUUAAGCUAAUUGUGCUUAAAAGUGUCAAGGGAACAAUUGUAUAGUUUAUAUUGGUAUUUCUCGUAGGAAAUUUGUAAAUCUGAUAGUUUCUGAUGAUUACCCAGUUGGGAAUUUUCAUACAAAUUUUGCUUCGGACUUGUGGGUAUUUAUUUAUCUGCUAAAAGAUUAUCUGGGUGCUACUUCUUUUUUCAUGUCUGGCUUGGGUUCUUAGGUUCGUGACUGUGCUGUAGAGGCUCUGUGUGCAUUGGAUGUUCUGCGAAAGGGAUCACUGAGCCAUUCCGUUGUUUAGUUUAUGUCAACUGAUUAGUGGAUACGAACAUUUACUUUCUAUAAUUUAUUUUGUCCACACAAAAUUUUGGCAAAGUAUGGUGUGGUGGUGUGUUUUAGCCCAUUUUGUUAAUCUAGUCGUGCAUUUUUGACGUGCUAGUUACACAUUUUUUGACAAACUAGUUAUGCAUUUUUGACACAAAGAAUGCAUUUUUACUAGUUACACAUUCUGUAGUCAUACUAUCAAAAGGAUGUAUCAUGUGCCUAGGGGUUUUGACAAACUGAAGAAGAUUCGGUCUGGAUGUUUGGUGCAAUUUGAACUGAUAAUGAAGAUGAAUGCAGAUGGCGCUGAUUCUUAUGUGCAGUCAUGGUCAUACCGGUUGGUAGAGGAAAUCCAAAUUGUUAUUGCGGCACUGAAGAAGAUUCGAUUGAAUUUUGGACUUCCAUUUUUUUUUUUGUCAAAGAUUGCUACAAUUUUUUUUAUCUAAUCUUUGACCAAGAUUACUACAAUUAAUGGAAAGCUCCUUUCCUUCCUACUUGUAAGUGGUUUGGGGAAUGGACUGGUUGCAUUUGCCUACUGUUAGUCUUUGUGAAUGAUGUUCAGUGGGCCAAAGAGUGCAAACCUCCUCAGUGUAUUCCAAUCGAAAUGGCGUGGUGAAUCAUCUUUGACUACAGGCUUGCUUAAAGAUGUGUCUCCUGAGAUUGAAUUGUCGGACUACGGAAGGGUACCACCAAGUCCUGGUAGUGAGAGCCCUUCGGGACUUCUUAAUGGUGAUACCUUGAAUGUGGAACCAAUUGCUGAUUUGGACCUAUUCUUUGAAAGGCUUUACAGCUACUACUGUGAGAAAGGGCUUUGGUGCAUCAUUAUACAGUGGAUAGUUGAGGUUCUAAGCCUGGGCUUCACAAUUUGUUUCUCAGGAUUUUUCUUAUUAUUUGUUGACUGGAAUGGUCUUCGUAAUGCAAAGUGUGGGAUGGAUGCGGUUGAAUCUGGAAUUAAGCCUUGUGAUCUUGCUAAGGAUGCUCUUCAUCGGCACCCAUUAACUCCCCUAACACUUACCAAAGCUAUUAUUGUUGGAUAUUUAGUGAUAUUUUCCUUUUAUUGGAUCUUUUGUUUUUUGAGGUUUUUUGCUCAAUUAAAGGACACUUUGGGGAUUCGUCACUUUUAUUACAACAGUCUCCAUGUUACGGACAAUGAAAUUCAAACAAUGCCAUGGGCAACAAUUCUUGAGAAGGUUGUUCAGCUGCAAAGUUCACAACAACUAUGUGUGGUUAAGGAUCUUUCUGCUCAUGAUGUUGUAAUGCGAUUGAUGCGCAAGGAAAACUACUUGAUUGGAAUGGUCAACAAGGGGGUUCUUGCAUUCCCAAUCUCUCAGUGGAUCCCCGGUGUUGGGCCGACGGUCAAAUUUGGCACACAUGGAGCACAACAUCGUCUGAUACUGACAAAGACCCUUGAGUGGACCUUAAAUUGGUGCAUACUGCAGAGCAUGUUUGAUCGAAACUUCUGUGUUAGAAGGGAAUUUAUAUCUAAUCCAACAACCUUAAAGAAAAGGCUUAUGGUAGUUGGGCUUGCAAUGCUGCUUCUUUCACCGUUUCUUGUCAUAUUCAUGCUGGUGUAUCUCUUCCUGAGGCAUGCCGAGCAAUUCUAUAAUCAUCCAAGUACUGCAUCAUCUCGAAGGUGGUCAACUUUGUCAAAAUGGAUCUUUAGGGAAUAUAAUGAGGUGGACCAUUUGUUCAAGCACCGGAUCAAUAGCAGUGUAGAGCAUGCUUCUAAUUAUAUCAAGCAAUUCCCGUCUCCUAUUAUUUCUAUUAUAGCAAAGUUCAUCUCCUUCGUAUCUGGCGGCUUUGCUGCUAUCCUAAUCAUCAUUGCAUUUCUGGAGGAGUCGCUGCUAGAGGGCCAUAUAUUUGGUCGCAACUUGUUUUGGUAUGCUGCUGUUUUUGGAACUAUAACAGCUAUAAGCCGGGCUGCUAUUACAGAUGAGCUUCUAGUCCUUGAUCCUGAGGGAGCAAUGUCUAUGGUGGUCCAACAUACACAUUAUAUGCCAAAGAGGUGGCGUGGCAAAGAAAAUACUGAGAUGGUCUGCAUCGAGUUUCAAACCCUAUUUCAGUAUACUGGAAUGAUGCUACUUGAGGAGAUGGCCUCAAUUUUCCUCACUCCGUAUUUACUUAUAUUUGUUGUCCCAAAGCGUGUGGAUGACAUUUUGCAGUUCAUUGCAGAUUCUACAGUGAAUAUUGAAGGUGUUGGUCAUGUCUGCAGCUUUAGUGUCUUUGACUUUCAAAAGCAUGGCAAUAGCAAUUAUGGUUCACCACACAGUGCUCCUCGCAUUGAAAGGAGUUCUCAGGGGAAAAUGGAGAAAUCAUUUUUGAGCUUUCAGAGUAGCUAUCCUUCAUGGGAACCAAACACUCAGGGAAAGCAGUUUAUAUCAAAUCUUAGGACUUUCAGGGAGCAAAAUCUGCAAGGUCAGGGAACUAGACAGGCAUAUUCUCCUUCUAGAAUGUGGCAAGGGAGCCCCACUUUUAGAGGCUGUGGAGACCGACGCAACGUUUUCUCAAGGGAGCUUACACAUAAUAAUGUUGGGACUGGCUAUCACUUGGGUUCUCUCUGGCUAAUUGAUGCAGAUCAAAAGAAUCACCCUUAUCUUCUUGAUUGGUAUUAUAUGUCACAACCUAACCGCACGACUGGUUACUCGAGAGACGGUGCACUGCAACCUUCUGUAGCAACUGAGCAACGUCCUGGAGAUUACUGGACACCAUCCAACUUGACACAAAAUGAACCGAAGUGUGAAGAAUACUGGGGUGACCAUUAUGAUCAGGAUCGAACACAAUCCCAUCUGGGGGCUUCUACAUCAACUCGUUUCUUCCGGGAUAGUGUACUAAGGCAUCAUGAUUCUAGCAAUUUGCCAAACCCAACCAGAAGCCAUUGGUGGGCUAGAAGUGGCCCAGAUGGUGCCCAGCUCCAGACAAGUUUUAAGGAGCCUCCUGAUUUCAAUCGCCAAAGUUCAGACAAUUAUAAUGAUAAUUUUUCAGAUAAAAUCUCAGAGGACCAAGAACAACACUUGGACUGGAGAAAUGACUUCCACUUAUCCCGAACCACUUACAUGGACGACUUAGAGGCCGGAGAGUUGAAUCUUCAUUUCGAUGAUAUAUAUAGCAGACCUCCAGAAACUCCCAGAAUAAAUCCUGAGGCUACAAGCUUCGGCUGAUCAGGCAAUUGGAAUGCACAUGGGUUUCCAGUACUCUAAUUGUGAUAUCUGUUCUGUGUAUAAAGGAAACUGUGUAUUCUUUUUGUAUAUAAAUUCAUUACGGGGUUAGUUUCUCAAUAGGCUUCAAGCUUGAUCUGGAAGGUGACCCAGGUCCAGAUUCCCCAGAGGCAUUCUGAAAAUGUAAAAACUAGAAACAAAUACAAGACAAGUUAUCGACCGCAUUGGUUUAUAUCUUAAACUGCUUUUGCUUUAAGGAUGUGGAAAGUGGCCGACAUUGUCUUGGGCAUUUUAGAACAAGUUGAUGUUUGUCCAUUUGCUUUGUGAAUUCACAAGGAAAAUUUGGUUUCUACUAA